CCUCCAUAUGUGCCUACAGGCUCCGCAGACCACCCCGACCUGCUCUGCUACCGCAGCUGCAACAGAUGCGAUCUCCAGUGCGCCUGGAGAGCUACGUCCCCCUCGGGCAAUGCCACCUACCGGUUCAAGUACUGCUAUCACGGCACAAAGACCUCCUGCAUGGCCGUGGGAGCCAGGACCACGCACUACACGCUUCCUUUCCGCAAGCUGUAUCUCCUGAAAAACUUCACGGCCUGGGUGGAGUCGGGCAGCGGCGACAGGGCUUGGAGAACCAGGAACAUCACGCUGCAGCUGGAGAACGCCAUCAAACUGGACCCUCCCCACAACAAGAUCAGCUUCUCCAAGGCCAACGGCACGCUGAGGCUGCAGCUGCCCCGGGCCGAGGAAAGGGCAGGCAAGGCUGUGGUGCUGCGGCGGGAGGUGCGGCACCGGCAGGGGAAGGACACCACGUGGACGCUGGUGGAGUGCAAGACGCAGGAGGACGAGGAGGAGAGCGAGGAUGAGGCAGUGACCUGCGACCUGGGGCAAACGGCCGCCCUCGAGCUGCAGAUCCGGCACAAGAUGCUGCACUGGAGCAGCACCUGGAGCGACUGGAGCCAAAUCAUCCUCGUCCCUGCAGAAAUCACUGAGAGGCCCAGGGUGAGUUACACGCUGGGAAGACUGGGCCAGAGUGGACGGAGGAACCUGACCCUGCAAUGGCAGAAAGCCAGCGAGGAGCAAGGCAAUGUCACCUACACCGUGGCCGUCCGCAUGCUGACGUGUGGCUGCAGGGAGCCCAUGGCCGAGAUCAGCCUCCAGAAGGACGUGGCAGAGCUGAACCUGGCUCUCUCGGGGGCAGAGCACAGCAUCUCGCUGAGCGCGGCCAACGCGGCUGGAUGCGGGCCCGCUUGGACGUGCCACAUCCCGCCAGACUCGGACACAGAGAUCAGCUUCCUGGCUGUCAGCACGGCCGGCGCCAACACCACGGUGCAGUGGGCAGCAAAGGCCAACGGCACCUUCUACUGCCUUGAGAAGCAGCCGCUGGAAGGUGCCAGAAGGCCUGCGGCUUGCAUCCAGAAACCCUUCGUGGAGACGGGCACGUACACGGAGACAGGUGUGCUGGAGCCCAGGCGGUGGUACCGGAUUGCCAUUCACGGACAGGGACCCGGGCGCAGCUGGGCCACGUUCGCCGCCACGUACCACUUCACGGGAACCGAUCAGGAAGCAAACGCUUCAGCGACGCGCUUCACCCUCCGGGGCCUGCAGCCCGGCACCGUGUACCGAGCGGAGAUCCAGGCCAGCACAGCUAGGACCAGCCGGCCGCAGCACCCGUCCAGGACCAAGGAGCUCGGUAAUGGCCCGGGUGCCUUCCCUGGCGGGCUCGUCUCUGGGAGGGGCUGACGCAGGUUUCCACCCCCACGUCUCCGCAAUCCAGACGCACGCAGGGAUGCGAGCAACCCCCUCCCUGCGCUUCCCCCACGAGCCUGGUGUA